ACCUUUCCGUCUGUCUCUCCUCUCUGUCUCCCUCUUGGUGGCUGGCCAAGCUCCUCUCCUCCGCGUCCUGCUCUCCACCUGGCCUCCAUGAGUUUAACUGAGGACAAUCUAUUCCUCCCUGGAAGAUGGGAAAUGCUUCAGACACGUCUGCUGCAUUUGUCUCCACCAUCUCCAAGGAACACGAUAUCCUCAUGGGUUCAGUCUACAGUGUAUUUUGUAUACUAUCGCUCAUAGGAAACAGCAUUCUGCUACUUGUUGCCUAUCACAAGCGAUCAACCUUAAAGCCUGCAGAGUUCUUCAUCAUUAAUCUCUCCAUCAGUGACCUUGGGAUGACACUCUCUCUAUUUCCAUUGGCAAUACCAUCAUCUUUUUCACACAGGUGGCUGUUUGGAGAAGUCAUGUGCCAGUUCUAUGCUAUGUGUGGAGUGCUGUUUGGUCUGUGCAGCUUGACAAACCUAACAGCCCUGUCCUUAGUGUGCUGCCUUAAAGUCUGCAUCCCCAACCACGGUAACAGGUUCUCCUCCUCACAUGCCCGCCUCCUGGUGGCUGGAGUGUGGUGUUACGCGUCCGUAUUUGCAGUGGGACCCUUGGCACAAUGGGGACAUUACAGUUCCGAGCCUUACGGCACAGCGUGCUGCAUUGACUGGCAUGCGCCCAACCACGAGCUUUCAGCUUUGUCUUACAUUAUCUGCCUUUUUGUCUUUUGCUACGCGCUGCCCUGCACCGUCAUCUUCCUCUCCUACACUUUCAUUCUGCUGACAGUGCGUGGGUCACGUCAGGCCGUCCAGCAGCAUGUGUCACCGCAGACCAAGACCACCAAUGCACACGCUCUCAUCGUCAAGUUGUCAAUAGCAGUAUGUAUAGGCUUCCUGGGUGCCUGGAGUCCCUACGCUGCCGUGGCCAUGUGGGCUGCGUUUGGAGAUGCCACACAAGUUCCUCCUACUCUGUUUGCCUUGGCCGCCGUGUUUGCCAAGUCCUCCACCAUCUACAACCCCAUGGUCUACCUGCUGUGCAAGCCCAACUUCCGUGAGUGUUUAUACAGAGACACGUCUAUGUUCCGACAGAUGAUCUACAGGGGAAGUUCGCAGUCGGAGCCAAAAGAGCGCUUAGGAUCCACCUCGCAAAGGAACAAGGACUUGAGCGUCUCCACUCGUUUUUCAAACGGACAGCAGGACAACUACGGGGCAUGUCUGCCCUGCACUAAGAACGCAACACCCCAAAGGACUGCCUGCAUCCUGAGUGGAUCAACCUACACAGAGGUGACAGUCAGCCAGCUCUCAGCCAAACCACAGGUGAAUUCCCUCUAGUGCCACGACCUUCCUUUCAUAACGCAAACAAGACAGGAAACAGGCUCAAAAAGACAGAGACAACAACAAUAGGCCUGCACAAGUAAGAAUGAGCAAAGACUUGACAGUCUGACAACCAUACACACCAGCAGGACCUUUGACAACUUGCUUCCUGAAAUACUUCAAUUACUCUUUUAUUGUAAAAUGAAAUUUCAAAAACUGUCAAGAUUUACUACGUAAUGUGAGGCUGGUAAAUGUGAUGACCUCUACGCCAGCUUCUUUCUUGUUUUAUUUUAUUGUACAGAAAUUCAAAUGUAUUCUGAAGCAGCAUAAAGUGAGACACGAUGACCGCUGCUGGCCUCAAGGUUAAUGAGGAACAUGCCCACCUCUGUCUGCACCACAAAGAUAGAGGAUAAAGCUAAACAAAUUAGCAACAAAAGAUCUAGUCUCUGUAAAAGGGGUUUGGGGUUUUCAUCAUAAGAAGGACAUGUGUAACUUUGCAUGCAUGUAUAUAAAGUGAUCCUUAUGAUCCUUAACCUUACAUGUUGAAGUAUUCACUCCCUGAAGGCUUAAAUGUCUGCUGAUAUUUUGUCCUUGUCACCACUGGAACUCUUUGUAACAGAGAUACACAAUCAAACUGACAGCUGAUGAUUUCUGGUAAGAGUGAAACAACCAACUUCUAGCAGACACUUAAUGCCUACAAGGGCUCAGUAUUUGAUACCAGGACCACAGAACUGAGCAGAGUAUCAGUCUACUGCCAAAAUGCAGUCAUUGUCCUUCUGUUCACAGAUGCCACUAAUCUUUGAAAGACAGUACUUCAAUUCAAACCUUGAGUUCAGCCUUAUUAGAGCUGUGUACAUUGGUACUAUGGGCGAUACACCCUCCAAAGACUACCCUGUGGUGACAUAUAGACUGGCAGAGACAUUCACUGGGGGAACUUUAUUUUGAAGAGGAAGGACGAAAGAGGUUCUGGGUGCCCCCUUGGCACCUUUUGAGGUACCAGAGAGUUGUUGUGACCAAGGAAUGUGGACUUAAUGGGCUCCCUUCGUCCCUCCCGGGGAUAUACCUACCUACUUACUACAGUGGACAGGUCUCCUGUCAUCUACUACAUUGUCGGGGGUUGGGUGGCCUGUUUUGGUAUACCUUCCAACCUCUCCUCUGACAGGGGUCCGCAGUUCCCGUGGGAGCUUUAGUCUGCAGUCACAGAGGUUCUGGUGGAGGUUCCUCACACUACAGCAAAUCAACCACAGAGUAACGGCCUUUAUGAGUAGUUUCAUAGGGAUAUGAAGGCUGCUCUCAGAGCCAUCCUUACGGGCAGCAAUUGGGCUUACUGCCUCCCAUGGAUUAUGCUUGGCCUGCACUCUGCCCCGAAGGAACAUAUUCAAGCCUCAUCAGCCGAGUUGGUGUACGGCCAGUGUAUGUGCAUUCCGGUGGAGAUUCUCCUAGAUGCCACGGCCAUGAUGGCAAUCGUACUCCACUGCAGUAACCUUACGAUGGGCCCUUCUCUGUCCUGGAAGGGGGGUCUAAGAACUUUGUUGUGGAUAUAGGUUGCAAGCCAGAGUGAGCGGAAAUAGACCUAAAGCUCAUGUGGAUAUUGGGGAACUGCUGCCGUUGGUCCAGCCCCCAUGGAGGGGGCAGCCCUAUGCUGUGGCCUCGGAACCUGAGCCUGGCCCUUUCCCUAGCCCCGCUGUAGGUUUGGCCCAUGCCCUGGGCCACCCCCCUCCUGCUAACCACAGCCGUUAUGCCCGUUUGAUUCAUUCCCCCACAUGUUAACUUUUCCAUGGACUGUUCUAUUUUGUUUUUUUGUUGUUUUUUUUUUGCUUGGCUGUCUGUUCUGUUGUUGGUGAAUGCUGGGGUGGCCUGUGUGGUGACCCACAUAUAGACUGGGAGAGACAUUCACGAGGGGAACCUUAUUUUGAAGAGGAAGGGUGAAAAGGGUUCCGGGUUCAUGUUUUAUAGGUCCGGUGGCUCACAGUGUGUAAUGUUCAAUGGGCAGAGUAAAACCGAUCCGUCUCCUGCAUCCUCCUUUAAAAACACACAUCACAAACCAGAAUUUACCUUAGUGAGUGACACCAGUAAUUUAAGACUGCAUAACAGGGUGAGGAACCAGGAAGCGUCACAGUAUUUCAUAAAAUUGCCCAAGUCAAAAGAAAAUAGCCAACAAUAACAGCUUAAGGGCCGUGCUACAAAAAAGGAUUUUUCUGAUUAAUGCUUUAAAUGUUUGUGACUGAUGCUUUUAGGUUUGUCUUGCACCUGCACUUUAUUUCCCUCUGAAUAAUGUGCAUUUAGAGUGAGUAUUUAAAUCUAAUUAAAAUAAAUGACGUCAUGUCUGAUCUUGCAUGUUUGUACCAAGAUUUGUUUUUUCCCCUAAAAAAAACAACAACAACGUGGUGCUGUGCUGUAAGGCUUUGUGUGGAUAUAAAGAAAAUAAUUCUGUAUGUAUUUACAAUAAAAGCCAUUCUUGUGCAGCCUUA